GUGAAAGCUCUUGCAUUACCCGCUAAGUGGCUGCUGUCCAAUUUUUAUAGCCAUUUGAACUUGGGUACAUGUAAUUGGAUGCGCACUUUGAGAUGCGCACUGUGAGCCCCUCCAAAGCUCCGGUUCGCGAGAGCUGCUUUAUACAUGCAUUUAGUGAGAUAGUACCUAUUUUCGGAAGAUCUUUGACCAAUUUUCAUAUGAGAUUACAUAUAUGUAGGCAUAUAUCCAUAUACACUCUUCACACACGACACACCCAAAGACCACCACAUUCACCAUCUUGUCAGUGCAUGGUUUAGUUGACCAUCAUGACGGACAACUUCUCCCUCUUUACGUCUCUUCGGUAUGACCCCGUUCUACUAGAGGUUGCCUCCAAGGAUAUCGAUUACGCUGGGUGGAAUACCGCCAAUAAGUCGUCCUUUUACAUGCUCGACUACCAUCGUGAUCGUAUGCUACGGGCAGCAACCCAUUUCCAGUGGGACAAGGCUGUCCAGCUUCUCUCAGGCCAGGAGGGCUUGGAAACAUUAAUCAAAGCAGCUGAAGAAUUCAUCGGUCCAUCUCAAAAGACUCCGCUUCGCUUCAAAGUUGUUGUUAGCCGUGAAGGCAUCAUGAGCUUCGAGAAGAACAACACAGCUGCGGUUAGCAUUGAAAAUCUAUUUCCUCUGCGGCUGCCUUCACCCGGUGCUCCAUCCACUCCCGGGGAGCCCAAGAAAACUCCAUGUUGGGCAAUUGUGCUCGACGAUGCUCAAACGGCAGCGUCAGAGUACACACAUUACAAGACGACAAAGAGGGAAAUGUACGACUCUUCCCGCCAGAGGCUUGCCAUUGCGCUGACCGAUGAGCGGGAGGUCUUAUUGACCAACCAAGACGAUAAAUCCAUCAUGGAGGGAAGCUUGACAACGCCAUAUUUCUGGCGAGAUGGACAAUGGGUCACUCCUCCAGUUUCUGCGGCCUUUGACCCGGGAGCUGGAAGUGGUGGUCAAGACGGCACCUCGAGACGGUGGGCUUUGGAAAGGGGACUAGCUAUGGAGCAACCAGUAUUUGCAAGUUCUUUGGUUGAUGGCGAAGAGUGCUGGAUUAGCAAUGGUGUUAGGGGCUUUAUUGCCGGCAUUGUUCGUCUUAAAUAGUUACACUGGGCCUAUGGUUGAAAUAGCGACACCUUUUGUUUCCUCGAACAGUUAAAAAAAAAAGAUAAAUCAAUCUCUAGACGGCGUUUAUUUAUUGGAAACCUGGUUUAUUUGCAUUUCUC